GAGACACGGGUCUAGCCAAUUGAUAGUUCCCUUGCACUCAAUGCUUGCGCCCAGCUCCUAGGAAUACCAUGUUUAGUCGCAUUGGAGGCCGAUGCCUCCCAUGCUGUCGCCGGCGAGCUCUCCAGGUCUCCGUCCGAGUCCGCAAAUUCACAUCCAACCCAGGUGCCGCCGCUGCUGCUUCUGCGAAUCAUGCUGCUUCUACAUCCCCUCUCGGUGCUUUAACAGUUGAAUUGGAUCGAAUUUCUCCGCGGUUCGAAAUUCACGCGUCGCAUAUCAGGAUUAUCGAGUCUCCAGAGUCAUUCUACAAAACCCUCAAGCAUAAAAUAAGACAUGCGAAACGUCGAAUCUACCUCUCUACUCUCUACAUUGGCAAAACCGAACAUGAACUCAUAACUGUGAUUAGCGAAAGUCUACGCCAAAACCCUGAUCUUACAGUUUCCAUCCUCACCGACUGCCUAAGAGGCACCCGCGAAUCGCCCAAUCCAUCAUGCGCUUCCCUCCUAGCUUCGCUAGUAGCCGAACAUGGGCCUGAUCGAGUUGAAAUUAGAAUGUUUCAUACCCCCAAUUUGAUCGGCUUGAGAAAACGAUACGUCCCAAGAAGAAUUAAUGAAGGAUGGGGACUACAGCACAUGAAACUAUACGGCAUUGAUGAUGAAAUAAUACUUUCUGGAGCAAACCUCUCCAGCGACUACUUCACAAACCGCCUGGAUAGAUAUCAUCUUUUCAGCUCGAAACAAUUGUCUGAUUAUUAUGGCCGUAUACAUACGGCUAUUUGCAACUUGAGCUUUCUCGUAAUUCCCAGUGAAAAGCAGAAAUCCGGCUACACCUUGGAAUGGCCAUCGGGAAAUACAGGCCCGUCUCCCCUGGAGCGCCCGGAGGACUUUAUUUCCAGCGCUUCAGCAAUACUUCCGAAAUUGAUAACCCCAACUACUUCCACACUUUCAGUCUCUUCGUUUUCGGAAGAUAAGACCUACGUAUAUCCAGUCGCGCAGUUCACUCCUCUUCUGAAGCCAGACGAAUCAACAGAGUUUCCCGCCGUCAUCAGCAUUCUUGGUGCUCUUUCUACCAACCCUGCGUUAGAAAACUCCAAGUGGCUUUUCACGGCUGGGUAUUUUAACAUCCACCCUGCUUUGUCCUCUCUUCUUAUCGCCAGCACAUCAUAUUCCACAUCCCCACAUACACAGGGCGUCGUGCUCACAGCCUCGCCUUGGGCCAAUGGCUUCUAUGGUUCUCCUGGCGUCUCAGGCAUGUUGCCAGCAGGAUACACGUACCUCUCAGCCCGAUUUCUUGAUCGUGUUGCAGAAGCACAAAAGACAAAUUCAAUCCAGUUAAAGGAAUGGCGGCGCGGCACUGUAGGUGAACCGGGUGGCUGGACCUACCACGCAAAAGGCCUUUGGAUCACGCUUCCAAACGAGAAAACUCCUAGCUUGACGUUUGUGGGAAGCAGCAACUAUACGAAACGCAGCUACAGUCUUGAUCUGGAGGUUGGCGCAGUGGUGGUGACGACGAAUGAACAGUUGAAGCAAAGACUGGGAGAGGAGGCGGCGUGGCUUCAAGAGGAUGCCAAGGCGGUAUCCAGAGAGGAUUUUAGAAAAGUAGAGAGACGUGUCGGGUGGCAUGUGAGAUUGGCAAUGUGGAUUGUUAACAUUGUUGGUGGAGCGAUGUGACACAUCAGCACUAGACAAAGCGACAAAUAAUCAAAAUAGUAUGUACUCUACUAUUGUAAUAUAUCACCAUUUUAAAGUGGAAGGACACAGGAAUUAUGCAGGAAUUUAUUGGUGAAUCAAAUUUGCGGGUGACUUCGCCCAUUCGCCGCUAUGCAAAAUCUGGUAUAAAAUGCUCAUCGAAAAUACUUUUUCAACCAUCGACAUGUAGAAACGGCACUUCAAGAAUUAUCGCAAGGACAUCUCAAACCCUCCCUGAAACCUUCGCAGGUCCAAGUCCUUGCCGAAUUUCAUCUAACAUUCUCAUGCCCGCGACUUCAUUGCCAUUCUUUCCUCUCUUUCCCUUUGCCCCUUUUCUUUUCGCUUGCUUUCCGCGAUCCUGCCACCCGCCCAGGAACUCGUCCAUCACUGAAUCGAAAUCUUCCCUCAUCGGAACAUUGCCGCUCUGCGAAACCAUGCUCGGUGUCUGCGAAUACUUGGACAUACCACUCAUGAUAGACACGUCAUCCGCCAUACUCGAGCCUUCAUAUUCCUCGCCUUCAUCCAACGCAUAUAAAGCCUCCACCCUCUCGAAGCGAUCGUCCAGGAGGCGAAGACCUUCAGUACGGGCAAGAGAGGAUGAAGUCAUGGAGUAUGCGGAUGGGUUAGUAAGUGCGCCUUUGCGCUUCUUUUUCCGAAUGGGCGUUCCGCCAACUGUGAACAAAGUCGAGGCUGUGGUACGAAGCUCGGAAGCAUUUUCUGAAGCAUCAGUUGGCGAAGGUCUGGAUUUCAUAUCCUUUUUGUAUUUCGCGAAAUUCUUAAGCCAAUCUCCAUCAUCAUUCGUGGCGUCCGGAAUAGGUGCGUCGUGCGAAGGGAGCUCAGACUCCGUUUGAGAAGUGGUAUAUGCUUUCGAGUCGUCCUUCUUGUGUGAUGUCGAGGAUGACAUCGGUUGGACCGGUGCCUUUUCUGUAGCAUCUGAGUCCCAUCCUUCAUCAUCAUCUUCAAUAUACGUAUCCCUCCACUCGUCCGGGUCGACCUCUGCAUCGAUUCCACCUUCCACAAGGGCAUCAAAUACAUCCUCUUCACCUUCCUCGUCUACAAACGCCUCAUCUUCAAGAGCCUCUAGAACCUCUCUUAACCUUGGAUCCAUAUCUGGUUGAAAUCCGGCUAUCGCAUCGGGAACAUCUUGUUGAUCCUGAUAGGUGGGUUUUCUAACGUACGAUGAAGCCGUUGACAGCAUGUCAUCUCCACCAUAGGUCGAAGAGGCGUCCCUCAGAGAAAGUCCAUCGAAAUCGCCUUCAAGGCCACUCUCUGCUAGUGCAUCUUCCAGCUUCUUCAUUUUGCCUUUGCCCUUCCUGGCUGAAGCUUCGAUAAAAUGUGCCUCCCCACCUCCCUUGCCCAAUUCCCGAAGGUGCUGCAUGUAAUCAUACUCGGAAUCAUCGUAGAAGAUACCGUAGUUCG